AUCGCAAAUCACAUCUAAUAAUCACUAAUUACGAGUGUAACUAUGCGUCGUGUUUUAGAAUUCAUCAAUUAAAGAGAAAAAAUAAAAAGAAAACCAGCCGAUUUGUUAUUAACAAUGACCGAUCGUACACGGAUAGAACGUUGAAAGAAGCCAAGUCUCGCGUUAACACCUUUUCAACGCGAAAAAUGUGAAAAAGAAAAGGAAAAAAAGCGAAACGUUGGAUGAUGUAACGGAUCUACGCGCGACAGUGUCCAUUAUCGAUUAGCAUACGUCGUCGAUUAAUCCAUCCGCAACAGUGGAUGCUGUGAAUAGGCCAGUAAACACGUGCACGUUGCUGGAGAAGGAUGAUUCUAAUUGUUCGAGGUACAGUUCGAGCCAGGCAGUCGUGACGCUUGCCUCUGAUCGUGAUUCAGGUUCAGUUCGGAACGCGCACUCGAACUCGAAGGAUCCUCGAAGCCUCCUUUGAUCCCCCACUCGGGCCCCACACAGGAAACGUACGUACGGAAAGAGAGAGGCUUUCCUUGCUCUCUGGCGAACAAACGAACAACACCUUCCAACCUGUUGCAACCUGUUCGCUCUUCGUUCACGGGUCGUCCCGCUGGAUCGAUCUUUGCCGAUUUUUAAUCAUCCAUGAGCGGCGACUCCUCGGGGCGAGGAGACGGAGUUUGGAUUAUACAGCCGAGGAGGGAGGAUCCGGAGGAUAUCUUGCCACGAUAUUGAGCGGAUUCGAGGUGUAAGAUUGGCGGGAUGAUCGACAGGACACGAUUCGCGGUCCUUUUCGGGCUGCUCGGUCUUGCCUGCGGCUUGCAAUGCCCGAAACAGAAGAUAUCACCAGGCAGAGAGGUGGUCUGUUACACUUCCGUUUCCGAGGUGGAACAGUUAACGGAAGCUAUUUGCAGAUGCACCACUUUGGUGCAAAAAGGCCUCGACGUGCGAAAUCUCUCGGUUUCCGAAUUCGAAGACUUCCGGAAAUCAUUGAAGGAGAUUGUCCCAACUCUUCAGUUCGUGAUUUCCGUGGACGAUCCUGCAAAAACGUUGAGAACUUCCGGCACAGUUCGCCAAGAGAUCACGGCUCGUUUGAUCGGAGUUUUGAAAGAGGUUGAUGGAGUCGAGUUGAACAUGACUGCUGGAACAAAGGAACGUUUAGCCCAUUUUGUGAAAGGUUUGAAAGACGAGUUCUUGAGGAAAUCGUACGACAAGAGAAUCUUCUUGGUCCUACCCACGAAAUCGGAGGACCUGGCCAAACAAUACGACUUGAAAGAAUUAUCCAAGUACGUGGAUCUAUUCACGGUACCCACGCAUUACCUGGUCGAAGAUGACGAGUCUUAUCGUACGUUCCAUCCGUCACGAUUGAUGGGCCUCUUCGACAUGUUCAACGCGGAUAGUUUGAUCGACUUGAUUAGCGGAUUGGGCGCGCCAAAGAGGAAAAUCUUGGUGUCCGUGCCGUCAAGCGCUUACAAGUUUACGCUCAAGGAUCGGGACGACAAUGCCCCGAGCGCGCCCACCGAGGAGAUGCAACCGAUUGUCAUUGAUCAGAAACAGUUAUGCGAUUUGAUGAAUAAAGGAGAGUGGACGGUGGAAAGAGACGAAGAUCUUACUGCUCCUUACUCUUUCAAAGACAAAAUGUGGAUUGCUUUUGAAGAUAGAAUAUCGGUUUCAAUUAAAGGAAAAUAUGUGCUGGUUCGAGAUCUCCCUGGAUUAGGUGUACAGGAUAUAGAAAAUGAUUUCAAAACGAAAUGUGGCGCGCCUAUCACGCAUGAGAUUCAUCAUUCUUUCAUGGAUUUCAAGAGGAAGUCUAGAGCUGCUGUGUUAAAUGCUUUGGAAGACGAUUUACACCAAAGAGAACUUGAAUAUUCGACUAAAGUCAAAUCAUCCGAAUUUCGAGUUGUUCGCGUAGUAGAUACAGAAGGACAUAUCAGAGUAGUUCGAGAGAAUACUCAAACCGAGUUCACUUGCUCCAGACAAGGUUAUUUCGUCCAUCCUAAGAGUUGCAACAGAUUUUAUCGAUGCGUGAAAUUCAAUCAAGAAGUGGAAGAUUACUCCGUGUUCGAGUUCGAUUGUCCAGCAGGUUUAUCUUUUGACGAGAGUACAGAAGUUUGUGUUUGGCCAGGUUCCAUGCCAGAAGGAUCUCCAUGUCCUGGAAGCAGCGAAAUUGCACCUGUGACAAGAGUGAGAUUCCAUUGUCCAUCCCAAACUGGCUAUUUCGCGGAUCCUCAAAAUCCUCGUUGGUUCUUCGCCUGCAUCGAUCUAGGAGGACCAGAAAUAAUGGCCUACGAGUUUCGUUGCCCGUACGGUUUGAUUUUCGACGAGCAAAAAUUAAUUUGCGAAUGGCCUUGGCUGGUAGUAAGCUAUUCUGGUAGUUACACAGGAUCAGAAUAUGAUAGCAGAGGAUAUGGUACAGGAUCCACUCCAGGUACUGGAGGAUAUUAUACUGGAGCAUUACCUCAUGGGUACACGGGAACCGGAGGAGGAGGAGGAUAUACUGGUACAACGGUUGGUGCUGGAUCAGGAUUUUCUGGAGGAUCAACUGGAGUUGGGUCCACUUUUGGACAAGGAAUUGGAGGAUAUACUGGCACAACGGUAACAAAAGGAUAUGGAACAUCGUAUGGUAAUCAAGGGCUUGGUGGAUUUUCUGGAUCAGAAGGCCAUGGAAUUUUAUUUAAUCAAGGAACUAGUAAUUACAUUAUAACAACUGGAGUUACUGGUGGUUAUUCUGCAACUGGUGGAGGAUUUUCUGGAUCAAAAGGAAUAAGUCAUGGAACUACAUAUAUUGGUCAAAAAACUGAUGGUUACUCUGGAACAACUGGUGCUGGAUAUUUUGGAUCAGCAGGAAAAGAUCAUGGCACUUCGUAUACUGAUCAAGGAUCUAUUGGAUAUUCAGGAACGAGUGGAAGUGGAUAUUCUGGAACAGGUACGAGUCAAAUAACUGAUCAUGGAUAUGGCACGAUAAACUAUGGUGACAAAACUGGAAAAACAGGAUCAUCUAAUUAUGAUAAUCCAAAUGGUGCAGAACCAGAUCAUUAUGGAUCAACGAGUGGAGUAUAUACAGAAUCUCAUAAUACAGGAUAUUCAGGAAGUAGAACAAAUCAAGUAUCAUCUACUGGAUACAUUGGAACAAAUCAAGUACAUACUGGAUACACUGGAUCAGGUCAAAUAUCUACUGGACAUAGUAGACCAGGUCAAGUAUCUACUGGAUAUACUGGAAUAGGUCAAGUAUCUACUGGAUAUACUGGAUCAGGUCAAGUAUCAACUGGAUACACUGGAACAGGUCAAGAAUCUACUGGAUAUACUGGAACAGGUCAAGUAUUUACUGGAUAUACUGGAUCAGGUCAAGUAUCUACUGGAACAGGAAAUCUUGGACAUACAGAAACAAAUGGAAUAUAUAAUGGAGCAACUGGCACAAGUUAUACUGGACCCACACAUUCAAGUAAAACUGGUACAAAUUUAGAAUAUUCCGAAAAAGAUUUUAGUCAUGGUACUGGAUCACAAUCAAUUGAUAAAGGAUAUCCAGGAACAACAGGUCAUGGAGGAUAUAGUGGUACCAAUGUGCAAUUCACUAAUGGAUAUUCUAGAGAAACUCCUACCAUUGUAACAGAAGACUAUAGUGGAUCGGGAAUAAAAGAUAGUCUUUCUAGUGUAAAAUCUCCAGGAUCUACUUAUGGAUCAACGAUAUCAGGAUCUUCUGCAGGAACUGAUUAUUCAGGAACUGGAUACAUUUAUACUGGACAAACAGGAACGAAAUUCUCAGGAUCUAAAACAGGAGGCCAAAGUGGACAAUCAUCACAGACUCCAAUUUAUACUUUCAGUGGUACAACUGGAACUGGAUUAACCAAUAUAUAUUCACAAACUCCCAUUUUUGUGGACAAGCCUAAUGUACCAACUUGUAUUACCAUCCAAUGUUCUCCUCCACCAAGUAGCCAAACCUAUACAACAAAUGAUUACAUUUCAAACCACGGAGUUACUUCUGAAACAAACGUUUAUCAAGUCACUGGUGAAUAUACUGGAGGUUUGAAUGCUACUUUAGGAGGUCAUGUACCUUCUACGCCAUAUUAUGGAGACGUAACGUCCAACGACAUUUAUAAAAUAAAAACAACCGUCGGUACUGGUGGUAUUGCAACAGGACACGGUGUCCAGGGAUCGAUCAUCACUGGAGACUCCACUCCAGGAACACUUAUCACUUAUGGAGGCAGUUCUGGCACAGUUUUCACAGGUCCUUCCGAUCAAGGUAGUAUAUUGACUGGAGCAAGUCAUCCAGGAUAUACAAAAACUGGUCCAAGUACACCUGGCUACGUGGUCAGUGAUGGAAUCAAAACUGUCUAUGGUUCUGCUAGUCCUGGAACUGUGAUAUAUGGAACAUCUACACCUGGUGUCGUAAUAACUGGAGCACCAGAAACUGGAACUGUCGUAAAAGGUCAAACGAGUCCUGGAUUAAUACUUACAGGACAAACGGCACCUGGAGUCUCUAUUGGUGGUUCCAUCGAUCAAGGAACAAUUGGCUCCACAGGACAUCAUGUAUUUACUGAUUCAGGUUAUACAACUCCAUCAGGAAUUGUCACACCAGCAUAUUCAUAUGGAACCAAAAUUGCAAACGUGUCACCAGCACAUGGUACUAGUUAUAAGACUAAUGAAUACUAUGAUAAUGGAGGACGCAGUACUAUCAAAUUUAACAAUGGCGACGUGACAACCAAAUAUACAGAAAAAGAUAUUCCAGAUUAUAGACCAUCUGGAGAAUCUAUUCCCCCAGACACUCUUAUUCCUGGAAGCAGAGAUCGAUCUUCAUAUCCUAGUGGAUUUACUAAGAUUGGACCUACUAAGACUGGCUUUACUACUGCUACUUUAGGCGCGGGAGGUAGUUACGUAAUUAGUACUGGAAAAUCAGUUCCAACUCCUAAUCCUGAACAUAUUGGCGCGAAAGCUUUCGAAGGUAAUGUAGCAGGAUACACGAAAUCAUCCACUGAAAGCAGUGUCAAUGCAGCCUAUUCAGGAGCAACUUCGACAUACAGUCAAGAUAUCGGUCAGUCUAAACCUAAUCUAGGACUUUCGAAGAGUCCUACCUAUUCCUAUCCUACACCUAAUAUAUCAUUUGAUAGUGGAGUAACGAAAAUUCUACCAAUCUCCUCGACAAAGGGCAGUUUUAUUACUGCAACUACUCCAACGCCUUUCUUGAAUGUUGAAUUGUAUAAUACGCCAAAAUUCAGUGAACCUGUCAAUCCAACUGUAGGCACUUAUCAGAGACCAAGUGGCUUCACACGUGCACCUACAAUUGGUACACCUGUUGGUUAUACUAUUGGACCAUUUGACAAUUAUAAAACAACAGUCUUUGAAGCAGCUAAAAUUCCAAUCAGUGUAUCCACAGUUCAUCCACUGAUCGAUACUGGAUAUAAGACUGUUGUAUCUUCGACGCCUGUUCCUGUGACUAUAAGUCAGGACAAAUAUCGUACUCAGACUCAAUCCAAAUUUGAUUUUGGAAUAAAAACUACUCAACAGGGCGAAUAUGUUACUAGUACACCAGCAACAGUGUUCAAGAUAUCAGGUCCAGAGUUUGGAUCUACUACUCCAUCAUCCAGUUCUGGAUAUUUCACUACAACCAAGAACGUGUUUGAAACUGUAACACCUUCUGGUAUUUCAGAAUCAUUGAAACAGUAUUUGCCUAGCGGCACAAUCUCGCCAGCCAUUGAUACAACAUAUCAAUAUAGAAAACCUAGUGUUAUUUAUCAACAAUCAACACCAGCAACUUCUAAAACAUACACUAUAGAAUCGGUUACUAGUGAUGGUUCUCCUACGAACGUAGGAAUUUCUAAAGAAGAAGUUGGAAAAUUGAUUACUAAUUAUAGAGGCAAUACAAAAUAUGUGCCAAGCCAAUAUGAUAUUUACACAACAGGAUCUAUUUCUGGAGCAGAUUACUCCAAGAUUCAUCAACAAUCAUCAACAUCCAAGCCAGGUUAUGUUGCAUCAACAUCCUCAGCCACUAAAACGACACAAUCGCCUUUCUCAGUGACUACUUAUUCUGGAGGUUAUUCAAAACCAUCCUCGAUCAUCACUUACCAAACUACUGCCAAGUCGACAGCUGUAGGUAAAGGCAAAGUGAUAGUGAAAUGGAGUGAUUUGCACCCUCUUCUGCUUGGAAAAUUAGGUGCAGAAUGCACCUGUAGAGGAGAUCCUUUCGCCAAUCUUAGAGGUCCAGGUUCCAAAUUGAUUGAUUCCUCCAAAGGCAAAGUGGAUCUAUCCAAUUACGACGAAUCAGAAAUUUACGUAGAUCUUGAGAAGGAAAAUAACUCAUACGAGGAUGGAGAUUAUGUGACCAAUUACGAAUCUUCUAAAGGACCAAUAAAGAUCUGGAACAAUCAAAUACAGAGUCAUUCCCAAAUCCAAGAGACACCAUCAUCUGGUUAUCUGCCAAGUGUUACUCCUUCAAUAAGCCCUGAUACUUCAAAAUUCACUGCCAAUUACAGAUCUGGAAAGAGUUUGAACAAUGUUGGCUCUUCUACCAAUAUCAUUAGUGCCACCAGAAAUUUAGAUACACCUGUGAACCACUUUGAUGGAGAUGGUGAAUCGGAGGAGAUCAUAGAUGGAGCCACCAACUGUGCUAGACCAGGUUUGUUCAGACAUCCCAACUUCUGCAAUAAAUUUUACGCUUGUCAUUGGGACGAGUGGAAGAAGAAGUUCACGCUCCACAUGUUCAACUGCCCUGUGCAUUUAACCUUCGACAAUGGCGCCGGAGCAUGCAAUUGGCCGAGCAUGGGUCCAGCCUGCCAGGACGAUAAUUUGUUAGUUUAGAUGGUUCAUUGUUCAACAGAUCUUCUCGAUCUUACGUAUCGCGAUACCAUCUUCUUCUUUGAUAUAAUUGAAUACGAAAAUUUGAAGAUGUGGAGGCAAGUUACCAUAUAAUUUCUAAAUUUAAUUUUAUACUUUUCCUAGAUUUCAAUUUUAAUGUGUAAAUAUUUGUUGUGUUUUUUUUUU